AAUUUCGAGACAGCGGACAUUUUUAGUUCUGAGCCUGGUUAAAAAAAAAAAAUAGCACACGUAUAUAAAUCAACGGUGCCUUUAUUUUUGCUUUCUUGCAGUGACAUAUUAACACAGUCAAAGCCCUUUUCUCUCUCUUCUUAACUCAAAUACAACACACUUGAUUUCAAUUUUUAUAUUUUAUUUUUCAUAAGAAAAAAAAAAUGCCUAUUAAAGAAUUUAAUACACCUUACCCAGUCAUCGACACAGAUCCACACUUUACUCGAGUAGUUCGUUACAUGAGGCCUUCGGAUUAUGCUGCUUGGGCUGCAGGUACUGCUGCUGCUCCUCUUUUAUUUUUAGGAAUGGAGAAAAUGGACCCUUCUGGAUAUGCUCGUAAGAUGCGACUUCCUUUAAAAAUUACCACCCUUAUUGGAGCUGUUGGUGGUUUCCUUUUUGCUUACCAAAAUAGUAGCUUCCGUUUCUGGGGUUGGUCUGAAAAUUCAAAGGAAGUCUUGAAAGAUCAAGAGGAGAUGAGUCAACGUUUAAAGGAAGGUAAAGCCUUAUAUGGAGAUAGUUAUAUGCCUGAACAUAUUCAAGAUACUUCGGCCAGAAACUCUCGAUUUUCACAACUCAAGUUUAGUGCUUAUCCAUGGUUCAACUUUGUCAAGCAUAAUAAUCAUGGCGUUGAUACUUCAAAAUAUUCAGAAUCAUCUUAAAUAAACCUAUAACUUGGAUUUAUAAUUAUUUUAUACAAUAAAUGAAUGGGUUCAUAUUACUCUAAUAGUAAGACUUUCUACUUACACGUUACAAGAAAAAAAAAACCUAUUCUCGUUAUAACUUUAACGACAAUCAACUAACGAUAAGCAUUUAUUACUGUGACAUGCUGUAUGCUUUAUAUAUCUUUUAUGGUGACUAUGUAUCAUAAAUUACAUUUUCAUCAUUUUGAAACAUC